AUGAAUUGUUUUCUUCUUACUGUCCUGCUGACUGUUGUUGCUGCUCAUCAGCGUCUUCAUGAUCUUCCCGAACCAGACGUUUGCAAGAAUGGCGGACAAUUCGUUGAUGGUCAAUGUAAAUGUACUCUUCGUUACGAAGGAACUCACUGUGAACAGGAAAGAUGCUUGAACGGAGGUCGUCGUUACAAUUACCGUGGAAAGGUUGGAUGCCGUUGUCCAUUCGGAUUAGCUGGAGAUCGUUGUGAGAAAGUCACCCACUGCGAACCAGGAAAAGGAAAGCUUGUCAACGGAAAAUGCGAAUGCUUCGACAGAAACACUGGUAUUCAUUGCCAGGAGCGUCUCUGUUACAACGGAAUUCCCACUGGCGGAUCAGAUGGUCUCUGUCUUUGUGACGUUGGAUUUACUGGCCCAUUCUGUGACGAAGCUCUCAUCUGCGAAAACUCUGGAUCUAUCACACCCGAAAAUGAAUGCGCCUGCCAAGUUGGAUAUACUGGAGAACGCUGUGAACUCUGUGCUCCAGGAUAUUUACCUGAAGGAGGAAGCUGCGUCCCAGAAGUAUCUGAAUCUUCUCUUUUGGCUCACACCGGAUCUCUCGCUAACCGCCCAUAUGCCUGGCCUAUUGUUGUUAUGGGUUGUGGGGCUGCUAUGCUAGCUGUGCUCGUAGCUGCUGUAUCAGUAAUGAUUCUGCGUAAAUGGAAAUCAAAGCCAUCUCGUGUUAGCUCCGUACAAGGAGAUGGAGAAGGAACUGAUGUUUAG